UCUACCACACUCAUGGGAGGAAGCAUGAAAUAUGCUUCCUAUAUUUUCACUUCUCUAUCUGUAGCAGUUUGUUAACCYACAUUAGACAAGUAGUCCAAAGAGACUUUUCCACCGUCUAUGCUCAGUUCCUGGCUGAUCGAAUGCUUCAGUUAAUUUAACACAACAAGUUGAGAGUGUUUUGACCGUGUAUAGAUCACACAGCUCACAUUUGUAGCAGGAGUGCUAUGGAAAAAUGCAGACUGUCUGCCGUUUUGCUGCUGGCACACAUUGGCCUCUCUUCAGUUUUGGAAGCUCAGGUCAGUGUUGAAUCACAUGUGACGGGGUACCUGGGUAAUGAUGUCAUACUGCGUUGUAAGUUGCUCCAGGGCAAUCUCACUCAGGCUGAGUGGCAGUUGGAGAAAUCAGAUACUAAAAGGGUUUCCAUAGCUGUCUUUAGCCCUAACUUAGGGCUAAACAUUUCUGGGUCACCCCUAAAAGGGAGGUUGGAGUUCGCUGGAGCUUCCACAGAUGAUUCCUCUAUUACUAUAAAAGAUGUGGAGAUGACUGAUGCAGGGAAAUACAUCUGUCUCCUGACAGUCUUCCCCAGUGGCUCAUUUGAGGGGACAACCAUCCUCACUCUACUGGAUCAGACUCCACCUCCAUCAUCUGGCGCGGUUGCUGGGAUUGUUACCGCAGCCCUCCUGGUAACAGUUGUUGUGACAGCCACAGCUUACCUCAUCAUUGUCAGGAAGAGGCACAAGGCUUUAUUCAACCCCUCUGUCAGCAUUGAUGCAAGCAGCCUGGUGGUCAAUGCAGACAGGACAGGAACAGGAAGAGAAGAGGACCUGGUUUAUUCUGAGAUCGUCAGAUUCAACAUUGACAAGAGCAAAGCACACGACCCAUCUGGAGAAGACCAGAAAGAUGCAGACGUCAAGCCGGCUGAGGAAGUCACCUACUCUGCAGUGGCAGUGGGGAACCAGCAUCCUUUAAGGGAAGACACAGUUUACUCUCAGGUGGUGAGAAAGGACUGGGACAUAGAUGAUGUAUGGACUGUCUAAGCACAAUAACAGAAAAGGGCUAACCAGCCAUCCUUUAUAUUCACAUACAUUUAACUGAAAUUAUCUCUUGUUGGGGAAGUGACCUCCUUAUUAGACAAAGCCAUCUGGAUCCUAGAGAAGGGCUAUGUGUGUGAAUACUGAAAAAUUAUUGCCACUGACAGAAUGCUAUAUAUAUGGGGCAUACAACAAUCUCAGCUCUGUAGAUUUUGUUGUGAAGAGACAGAAUCAAUAGA